AUGAAUCCUUGUGCAUCUCUUUUAAAAUUUUAACCAAUCAACAAUCUCAAUAAAAGAACAUUUGACUUAGAUUUAUUUGAAUUAGAGAAAAUAAACUUCUUAAAUAAGAAGGAUAAAAUGAUAUCAUAAAAUAAUAAUUGUCAAGAAAUUAGAACACCUACAUUUUCUAAAAGUCGUGAAAUAUAAUAUGACUUAAAUUAAGAUGUUAAGAAAAAAAUGAAAAAUGUUAACCUAAAAUUGCUUAAAAGAUAUACUAGAAGUAAAGAAAGUGAAAUAAACGAAUAAUCAACACUUCCUAAUACUUAAUAAACCAUAAAUUAAUGA